GAUGGGACCGACAGCCGACGGGUGAAGUACAUGAUUGGCAAAGAUAUCUGCUUGUGAACAUACUGUAUCUAUCAAAGAUCACUCCAUCCGUGGUUUAUGGAAGUUUCUAUUCAGACCUUAUCGUGUCGCACAAAAUUUGAGGAACGAAUGCAAUUCAUUUUUCGGAAUUGCACGUCCGUAUGAGACUAAAAUACGAGGUCGAUCGCACAAUUGUGAAGAACUGUGGUCAGUCGGUAUAGCGUUUUUCUGAUUGAGAUUUUAAUGUUUAAAAAAGUAUAGUCUAUAGCCAAAUAGCUUUUUGUGUUUUAUAUCAUUUAGCAAAACAUUGGCUUAUUCAUGAAAAUGACCAUUUAAAGACCACGUCAGCCUGUUUUCGGUAAAGGUAGUCGAUUAUUCAAAAACAUUCAAAGUUUGGGGAGAGCGUGUUUUAUGGAUUUCCGCGCAGAAGAGAUCCCUGGCAGUAGGCUACAUUCUUACGUAAUGGUCAUGUUGACACGGUGCUGUCUUCGUAAACUUUGAUAAAAGUUUACAGAAGAUACGUUUAUUAAAGGAAAAUCUGAUUUAACUAGAGAAAAUAUAUUAUAGAAUAGUUUAAAGCCAUUCUAUUGGAGGUGGUUGGAAGCGCCUUUUUGCCGUGCCUUUUUUCCCAAGACGUCAGAACGGAUUCUUAUCUAUUCCUCGCGCCUCGGAGUUGGACUCUAUCUGUUGGUUAACCAAAGUGUUUGAGGAUAGCAUGGCAAUGGUAGUAAACCAGUGGCAAGAGAACAUUUCGGCGGAUCCCGGGUCCCAGCUCCAGAUUUGCAGUCAGGAGCCAGGCGGGACACCGGGAACACCCUCUGGUUCCACCCCGGGGAACGAUGCGCUUUCCGGGGACAAGAUCCCCAACGUGGACUGCAUGGUGUGCGGAGAUAAGUCCAGUGGCAAGCAUUACGGCCAAUUCACCUGCGAGGGCUGCAAAAGCUUCUUCAAGCGUUCGGUGCGACGGAACCUUAGUUACACCUGCCGGGGGAACCGAGACUGUCCCAUCGACCAACAUCAUCGGAACCAGUGCCAGUACUGCCGACUGAAGAAGUGCCUCAAAGUCGGCAUGAGAAGAGAAGCUGUCCAGAGAGGCCGCAUGUCCAACUCCCAAUCUAGCCCCGGCCAGUACCUGACCAAUGGCAACGACCCUUACAACGGCCAGCCCUACCUAUCUGGGUUCAUCUCUCUGCUGCUGCGCGCUGAGCCCUAUCCCACGUCUCGCUACGGGGCCCAGUGUAUGCAAGGAAACAACCUGAUGGGGAUAGAAAACAUCUGCGAGCUGGCUGCGCGGCUGCUCUUCAGUGCUGUGGAGUGGGCCAAAAACAUCCCCUUCUUUCCUGACCUGCAGCUCAUGGACCAGGUGGCGUUGCUGCGCAUGUCGUGGAGUGAGCUGUUUGUGCUAAAUGCCGCCCAGUGCUCCAUGCCGCUGCACGUGGCGCCCCUGCUGGCGGCGGCCGGCCUUCACGCUUCUCCCAUGUCCGCGGAACGCGUAGUGGCGUUCAUGGACCACAUCCGCGUCUUCCAGGAGCAGGUGGAAAAACUGAAAGCUCUGCAGGUGGACACGGCUGAGUACUCUUGCCUCAAGUCCAUUGUGCUCUUCACCUCUGAUGCCAUGGGCCUGUCGGACGUGGCCCACGUGGAGAGCAUCCAGGAGAAGUCCCAGUGUGCCCUGGAGGAGUACGUGAGAAACCAGUACCCCAGUCAGCCCAACCGCUUCGGGCGCCUGCUCCUGCGGCUGCCCUCCCUUCGCAUCGUCUCCUCGCCCGUCAUCGAGCAGCUCUUCUUCGUGCGCCUGGUCGGCAAGACGCCCAUCGAGACGCUGCUGCGUGACAUGCUCCUCUCGGGCUCCAGCUACAACUGGCCCUACAUGCCGGUGCAGCGUGACCGCCCCAUCUCCCUCCACUACAACGAGAACGGGCCCUGAGGACGUCUGCGCCGAGUCAGCUCUCCGUCCGUCCUGCGUCGACCCCUCAGUCUCUCCCUCCGUUUAUCUCCUCCAUCCAUGCCCGGACAGACCACCAGCGUUCAGCCAAAAGCCAGGCUGACCACCUGACCUUUCAACCACACCCCUCCCUCGUUCACCAGUCAAGACAUUCACGCCUCUUCUCCCGGGGGACCGCGGCCAGUUGUGAGACUUGGUGUUUACCGUGGUCCCGCCGUUGCCACGUCGUGGAGUGGUAACACUAGACGAGCCGGCUGAACGGGUUUUAUGUCGUUCUCCUUCAGCUCUGUGGGACCCACGCAGUUAAAGUCGACUUUUGGACUCAAAAGUCAGAGAAAUGUGGCCGCUACUAGCGACGCAAUCACUCAAUUGUCAGUACUGGUUUUGCAUCUGAGAGAGCCCAACCAGAUCCACCAUAUGGCAAGGUCUUUGUUGAUAGGGCUGCUUAACUGAAAGAACCAGGCCCAGAGUUCUGCAACCUUUUUCUUAAACCAGAAGCCAUUAAAAAAUGAAUGCCAAAUUUCCUUGGACUUUUCAAAAGACAUGCUUAUUAUGUGUGCGUGUGUGUGUGUGUAUUAGCACUGUUUAUAAUGAGAGAAACUUAUGAUUGUGUCCUUAUGUAUGUCAUUGACUCAGACGUCCAUGUUGUGGGUUAUGUGGGGACUCAGGUUCAGGACAGGCAUGCCCAUAUCAGUAGGAAACAGAACCACUCAUCACCAUGGCAAAACACAGCUUAGUGCCAAAGCAGAACUUGCAUAUGAAUUAUUUGGAAUAUCUUUGUGGUAGUGGUGACUAAAAAAUAUAAUUUGUCUGUAAUUUGACUUUUUACUUGUAUUUAGUAGUCAGAGGCCGUGGGAAGGCUGUGGGGAAUAUACAAACAUGCAAAACAGGCACUUGCCAGAAUCCACACUUAGUUGACCCACUCCCAUCGUAAAUGCAGCACUGGUUCUUUCUCAGUCGACAUUGUGAGGUCAAAAUGACAAGGCCACUAAUUGCUUGUGGUCACCUUAGCUUUGUUGUAAAUCUGUCAGUUUCAAAGUGGAACAUACAAGCGGCCCUUCAUAAUGCCUACAUAAUGCAGUCAUAGGAAUGACAACACAUGUCAGUUAGUUUCACGUCACAUUCACAUUUAAUGUCUUUGGGACAACUGAAAAUUUUUACAGAGCCUGAACAAAUAAGCAUUUGAAAACUAUAGUUGUACUUGCCUUAGAACAAGAUUUUGUCACUGAGCAUUUAUUUUAUGACUGUGCCAUAAUCUGAAGUUACCUGUUAUAACAGGCAAUAUGUCCUCCAUAUGACAUUCGCAUGUAUGGUAGGAGCCACCACUAUUCAAGUGUCAUUCAAGCAGGAUACUAAGUAAUUUGUAUCACUUACCUACAAAACCUCAGUUUAAGUGACAAUGUUCCCCUAAGAGAAAGGCAUCUACUGUGAUUUAGCCUAGAUAUUAUUAUGUGUUUUUGUUACCAUCAAUUGGUUACUGGCUCUAUGGCUACUGUGAUUGUUGAGUGACCAUUCUCAUGUUUUUUUAACAUGAUAUUGGGGUAUCAGCAUAGAGUAUGGGGAUUUGAAAGCCAUUGGGACCUUAGAGAGAGCAGAACAGUCUGUUGAUAAAUUAGUCCACAGAAUAUUUCUAUGAGAGUAUGUUUUUUCUCUAUUUUUGUUUGGAACUAUGGAUCCAUUAAUUGAAAUAAAAAUCUGUUGUUCACAAUAG